AUGUCAUUAGCUUACAGAAAAUAUGGAUUAUAUGAUAUAUUAAUUUGUGUUGUAUCAAUUAAUUAUCCUCAUAAUGGCAAUAAUAUCUGCCAAACUAUUUUAACUCAACUUCAACUGCUUGGAUUAGAUAGUAAAGAUGGUGUUAAUCAUAUUCCAUAUAGUGCAUAUACAUUGCAGCUUUGUGUUAUUAAAGGGUUAGAAAAAAUUAAACUAUAUACCAAACGAUUUAAGGAAUUAAUUCAAUUUUUUAAUUCUUCAAAACAAAAUGAACGGUUAGAAGAGGCUCAGAAAGAAAUUGCAUCUAGAUAUGAUACACAACUAGAAAAUGAUUCAAUUUUAUUUGAUUUAACAUCAAUUGAUCAACAUCCAUUAAAAAUUUUGUGA